AUGUUGGUGGUGUAUCAGAAAUACUAUACCCCAUUGGAUAGGUUUAUCAACAAAUUCAGACGCAAGGGGUUUUGGCUAUACACUGGAUUAAUCACGAUAUCACUACUUUAUAUGUUUUACGAAAUAUCUCAUUUACCAGAUAUACCACCACCGGAGUUACCACCACCGGAGUCACCACCAGCAAGAAGGAGAUCAAAAAUAAAACCUAACUGA